AUGGGUCAACGCACCUUCACCCUUAUACCCAAGUUUCCGGGUCGGGCAGAAUCCCCAGACACGCCCCCUCUCCGGCCCAUGACGUCGAAACAAGUCCAGAAGGCAUAUAAAUCCGCGAGCAAGGGACCAAAGCUCACUCGAGCCGAAAUUUGGAAGCAGGAGAAGGCGGAACAAGAGCGUAUACGGAAGGAGUUUGAGAAAGAGAAAGCAGCGGCCAAGGCGAAAGUAGCCCGUGAAAAGAAAAAAGAAAAAGAGUUGGCGGAGAAGGCGGAGAAGCGCAAGAAGGGAUUGCCGCUUGUGAACGUGCGGCCAAGUCAGGAGACGAUCUCUUGGUUUGUUAGAGGAAAUGGAGGCUCGAAGAAAAGGGACGCCAAGGGAAAAGACGUGGAGAGGGCCGAUACGAUUGAGGAGGAAACGGACCCUACAGAGACGACGGCCGAAGAUACAAUCGACGAGGAACCGCACCAGUCUGCGAAGAAAGUGCGGACAUUGGAGAACAUACAAGAGGAUGAACAAGAUACCCCCGAUGCUGGAGCUGGAGCUACGACCGACGACGAAAUACGACGACCUUCCCCAAGCCCAAGGUGUGAAGACAUGCAAGUUGAGGAGGAAUUGACGGAGGAUAGAGGAGGACCUUCGGUCGCCAACAAUUCACGGCGCCUGUUGGAAAAUUCCACAAUAGAAGAGAACAUUUUGGAUAUGGAUGAUGAACUGGACGCAGAUUUUGAGGAAGAGUUGGCCUUGGAGUUACUCCAGAACCUCGAAGCCGCGGCUAGCAAGGGAUGCGAUCGAAACUCUACAAGCAAAGACGAAUCAGCACCCGAAUCAGUGCUAGGGACGAAAGUUGGAACCUCGAACCAACUUGCUGGUGUUGGACCACCUGCGGAUCGCUAUGAGCAAGACCUUGGCCUCCACCGACCCAAACCCCCUUCAGUCAACUUUAUCAAACCUGCCCUCCCCAAUCGACCAGAGCGACCACCAACGUCGUCCUCUCCAUCGCCUCCUCGAAAAACGCCCCCUAUGAGUACGCAAGCGAUUCUCUUUAACUUUGAUGAUUUCUUUCCAUCAUCCUCUCAACAGGCACGGGAGCUCGAAGAAGAUGAUGACAUUAUACCAUCGGCACCGGCCCCUCUUGUAGCCAUUGUCGAAGAGGAAGAACAGGUUCUCGACGAGGAGCCUAACAAGCCCGCAGACCCUGACCCCUUACCAUCUCUUGGACCUCUUUCUGACUCACCCUCUCCUCCCCCAAGACGAUUCUUUACCUCUUCUGGAUCACACGAGCAAAUGUCUUUAGCCUUGCAUCGUAGCCGACGUACAGCAGCAUUGGAGAAGAUCCAGCAGCGCGAAAGGGCACGCGUUCAGGCUGGCAUGGUAGCACGUGCUGAAGCUAAGAGCUCUAAGACCACAAGACCACUCCAGCCAGCAAAGACUAUGCCAAAGCCACAAAAGACACUUGAGAGGAACGCUGGAGGCUACAAGCCGAGACCCCCCCAGAUCCAAGCACCUCCUCCAUUGCAGGAGAGGAAGAAUCCUCCGCAUUACACAGCAAACGAGAAACACAACGCACCCAUGACGACCAGACGUUUUGACCAAACCCCCAAAGAAGUGCAACGCGCUGAACCAACAAAGUCACCCACACCAAAGAACAACAAAGAGAACCAGAAACCGCCACCCCAGCCAAGUUUUGGACCAAGUGCUUCGCAGGAGUCGUACGGCGGGGACUGGGUGGACGAGAUUGCACUCGAACUUAUGAUAUGA